AUCUUAUUACGCCAUAAUCUUGACGUCAUGCACAUUGAGAAGAAUGUAUGUGAUAAUAUUAUUGGUACUUUACUUGAUAUAGAGGGAAAGACAAAAGAUGGUGUGAAUUCUCGACGGGAUUUGCAACUUAUGAAAAUUCGAAAGAAGUUGCAUCCAAUAGAGAAAGAUGGGAAGUAUUAUUUACCAUUGGCAUGCAUAAAAAUAUGCUUCCAGAAGCUAAAGAUAAGUUCUGUACAUUUCUGGAAGAUCUAAAAGUUCCAGAUGGUUUUUCUUCAAAUAUCUCCAAUUGUGUGAGGGAUCGAAAAUUAUAUGGCUUGAAGAGUCAUGAUUCUCAUGUUAUCUUAGAGCGCCUCCUUCCUCUUGCUCUACGAGGUGUUGUUCUGCCAAGUAUUUAUGAUGCUAUAACAGAGUUAUGCAUAUAUUUUAGAGAGCUGUGUUCAAGAGAAUUAAGUGUGGAUGUUUUGAAUCACCUUGAGUCUUCAAUUCCUAUCACAUUCCACCAUCUUUUUUUGAUAUUAUGGUGCACUUAGCUAUGCAUCUUGCUACUGAAGCAAAGCUAGCUGGGCCUGUGCAAUUCAGAUGGAUGUACCCUAUUGAGAGGUUUCUUCGCAAGUUAAAAUGUUAUGUUCGAAAUAAGAAUCAUCCUGAAGGUUGUAUGGCUGAAGGAUAUAUUGUGGAAGAGAGUAUCAUAUUUUGCUCCAGAUAUUUGCAUGGGGUGCAUAAUCCGUUUGAUAAACUAGAAAGAAAUGGUGAUCGUGAUUCUAUUGGUUCAGGUAAAAAAGUAUCAGUUUUCAAUCAAAAUGGUUAUCCAUUAACCAUGGAUAAGAAUAGAUCAUUGGAAGAUUUGGAGAGAACUCAAGCUCAUAUUUAUAUUCUAAAUAAUUGUGAGGAAGUUCAGCCAUUUAUAAGAGAAUAUGAAACAUCUUCCAAGAACGAAGACUUUGCCGAAUGGUUUAAAAACCAUGCAUCACAAUUAUGUACAAACAAAGAUGUACAGUCGAGAGCAGAAUUAUUAUCAUUAGCUCGAGGUCCUCUAUAUGGUGUUGAUAGGUUCAAUGGAUAUGUGAUCAAUGGUUUCAGAUUUCAUACCCAAAAACAUGAAACAAGAAAAGCCAAACAAAACAGUGGCAUCUUGUUAAAGGGGCUUAUGGGUUCUAAGGUUGUUGAUUACUAUGGAGUUUUGACUGAAAUAAUUGAGCUUCAAUAUUUGGGAGGAAACAGGGUUGUAAUGUUCAAAUGUGAAUGGUGGGAUGUUGAGAAUAUUGACAGGGGAGUGAAGGUCGACAAAUAUGGCUUUGUUAGUGUUAAUACAUCUCGUAAGCUCGUGACAAAUGAGCCAUUUGUCCUUGCCUCCCAGGUGGAACAAGUAUUUUAUGCUCAAGAUGGAUCUAAUCCUAAUUGGAUUGUUGUUUUGAAAGGUCAAUCUCAAAGUUCUUUUGAUCACUUCUCUGAGGACUCAGUUGAUGAACAAUCAUAUGAACAAGAAGAGGCUUUUCAACAAGAGAAAUCCGCAACCAAUUAUCCAAUCCAUAAUCUUGUUCAAGGCAAUGAACUAGAUGAUUGGGAGGAAAAUGAUGAGGCACAUGAUGAUUCUGAUGAUAAUAGCAGUCAUAGUGAGAACAGUGCAGAUGAAGGACAGAGUUCCGGCGAGUCUGAAGAUAAUGACGACUUCUUGUUAUAAGGUGCAAUUUUCAUCUCGUGACCAACAAACCAUUGAGCUAGCAGUAUCAGCAUAGGAUUUUGACUUUGAGUUGGCGGUUCUAGUUCUGUGGAUACCUUCUUUCAUUCUAUGUUCCAUGUAGUGCAGUAGUGCAGAUG